AUGGAGAGACCAGUAUUAAAGCAACUCAAAGUCUCAUUAAAAUAUUCACCGCAGCAAUUGAAUACUGACUGCAUUAUUAGUGAUGGAUAUGAGGAUGUUAAUUGUACAAGUAUCAGUGAAAGAGUCCCCAAAAACUGCAAAGCGUAUAACAUUUUGUCGGGUUAUUAUAAUAAUAUAUUUUUUAACAUUACUUUAAAUUCCACGUCCUCUUCAACCAACACUUCUUUUGAAAGUUAUAAGGAUUUUUUCUUCCGAAAAGAAUAUUUUGAUCCAUAUGACUCUACUCACUACAUUUCAGAUCAACAGUUAUAUGUCAUAUUUAAGAAUGUGAAUAUUCAUACUUCCACUAAAUACUACUUUGAUUGCUGGAGUAGGGAUUUUGCUGACGGAGUUAUUAUUUUUAAACCCAAAGAUGUUUCUAGUAUCAUGAUUUUUCCAAAGAUUGAAAGAAAUUAUAUAUAUUAUGAUUAUUGGAGUUUUAGAUCAUAUGAUGAGACCUGUUAUUUAAAUUAUGCCAUUAAAAGCCUUCCAAAGCUCAACAACGAAGGAAACAUUCAAUUUGGCAUAAGUGCAUCUAGGAAACUUACUUACGAGACAGAAAGUUUUGAACAUACAUUUGGGAAUGCAAUAGCCAAUCUUGGUGGUUUCUAUGUUGCUUUGAAUUCAAUGUAUGUUUUAUUAUUUGGAAUGCCAAAACUAUCUCCAUGCUUAAAAGCAAAACUAGCAAAACGAUAUGUCACAUCUUCAGGAAUCGUUCUGGCACAAAGAGUAUCAAACCGGCGCAACAAUGCAACAUUGGAAAAUCGUGUUCAAAUGUUGGAAACAAUGUUGCAGGAUUACUAUCUUGACAAUUAUCAAUUCGAGGCAAGUUUUUUAAUGAUGCACUUGAGAAGAACGGAUCUGAAAUAUGAUAAAUUCCAAUGUGAAUAUGAUGAAAUGAUUAAUAGUCGACACCAAGAAACUGAGGAAGAAAGAAUCUUCUUGGCUAAAGAAAAUAAUGAUUUUUGGAUUCAUAGUUAA